CAGCAUCCAUAGCUCGAAGGGACCGCCUUUUGAGAAGCAUCAACGAGAGCUUGGCCAUAUUGUGCAUCCAGUUUGUCGUAAAUCGUCUGCGUCACACCUACACCGGCGUUCUCAGUUAAAGCAAUAAAAUAGGACAACAAAAUAAACACGGACUACAAGUAAAAACGUUAACAGGUUAUACAUUUACAGCCUUUAGUCUGGGAAAAUGGUUAAAUUGGGGAAUAAUUUCAGUGACAAAAACAACGCCAAAGCCGUCUCAGAAGAUGGAUUCGACACCAUUCCCCUUAUAACACCCUUAGAUGCCAGUCAACUGCAGUUCCCUGCACUCGACAGGGUGGUGGUAAAGACCAAAACAGACUAUGAUGGGGGGAACAAGAAGAGCAGGCUGCGGUCCCCAAAAAUAGCAGAAUUCUCAAUAAGCAUAAUCGAAGGGGUAUCUGAACGACUCAAAGUCACUCUGCUGGUGAUUUGUGCUUUGGCGUUUCUGGUUUGCGUGGUGUUUCUGGUGGUCUAUAAAGUCUACCAGUAUGAGCAGCCCUGUCCAGAGGGCUUCAUGUAUGUGCAAGGUCGGUGCAUGCCGACUGGGAUGUACGGUUACUACCCUCCUGGCGGGCGCGGGCGUCUCUUCACCAUCAUCAACCACUACAACAUGGCCAAGCAGACCAUCACCCGGUCCGUGUCCCCGUGGAUGACCGUCAUGUCCGAGGAGAAGGUCACCCAGCAAGAGACAGAGACCCACCAGAAGCUGGCCUAACGCACUGGGCUGUAUUCAGAGGUGAAACGUUAAGAAUGUUACAAAUAGAACUACAAUAAAUAGAGCUGACCUGAUGCCUAAUUCAACAUGAGCGAUAAUCACAUCUGUUCUACAAAAUGUAUUUCUAUCUGAGCGUUUUGUAACGUUGCACCCUUCUGAACAGACCCUAGGAUCACCAUCCAGCCGUGUGAAAAAUAGUAUACACGGUGCCGUUCAAGCAAACCCGAAAUCUGGAAAAACAUUCUUUAGCUAAAAUGGUUCUUCUUGAGCUACGCCAGUUUUAAAUGAUAUGAUAUAACUGCAAUGAAUCAGGCAUAAUGUGUUUUAAUCUGUGAAAUUAUUUGACAAAAUGCAUUUGUGUAAGCACAGACAGGAACUGCGGUUGGAUGGGUAUCUGGUUUGUUUGAAUACAUACACAAACAAUUCUUGCCACACAGACACUUGUUGACAAAACAUCUUUGUACAUAAACAUAAUGGGGAAUAAAAUCUCACUUCAGUACCCCAAAUAUAAACUGACUGAACCAUUCUAGUGUCUGCGUAGCUGGUUUAAACACAUGCACGGUUCAUUUUGUUAGGCUUCUGCAUUUCACACAACCAUACUUUGUCUUUAUUACUACAAAAAAACAUUUGAAUUACUGUCAGAGCACGUGCCAUUUAACCAUAGAGAUCCAGCUAAAAAUUAUAACUUUUUGGUCCUCCUAGACUGUUUUGCCUCUCCCAUUUGUGGAUGAAUGGGUGUGUGACUCACUUGAAGAUGCAUUUUAAAUGACUCCUCCAUUUGUGUAGAGGACCUUUUUAAUUCUGACUCUUGUCCAAUAGGAAAAAAGCACGGUACUACCUAAACUAGUCCAAUAAGAAAUGCCCAUUUUUGUUUUCCAUUUCAAAACACCUGAAUACGACACAGGUAAGAUGCUCAUUAUAUUUAUCCUGCAUAAUUGAACCCUCUGUAGUUUAUCCGUCUCCACAUGCAGCACUUAGAGCUCGUCCUUAUUGGGAACUACACUGUAUUUGGUCAGGCACUAUGUCAAUGCCUUCAUAAAGCAUGGGAAUGCUUAUUGUCACUGCAUAGCAUAUCCUGUUUUCUUCUCGUUGAUAUUGAAUGUUUUUUUUGCAUUACUAUUGAAUGUAAACGUGUAAUGCUAUAUGAAUGGGAUUCUGUAGCUGUCAGUUACCCUAGAACGCAGUCAAGUCAUACAAAGUGAUGUGUAGUAGAACUCAAGAACUCUAAAAAUGAAACCUCUGAAAGGAGUGAUUAAUACAUAGCUUUUUUUUCAACAUAUGUCAUUUAAGAGUAAUGCCUUCUGUUCUCACAGAUUUUUUUAUACAAUGACGUAAACAGAAGUACAUUUGAUGCUGUUUUUUUUUGGGACAUAUGAGUAAUAGGCUUUGAGCUGGAAACCAAUGUAAACAAACAUCUAUUAAAAUGCACACAUUUCAAAAACGUUUGAGUAAUCCAUCAUAUCUCAAGAUGAAGUUCAUUCAUGUAUUUACGAGCAUGGUGUAAUAAUGCUUAAUCUUGUAUCAGUUCAAUUCAGUAGUGUUCAAUUCCCUUAAAAUAAAGGAAAUCAUGGCUUUUAACAGUAUUUUCCCCAGGGCCUUGAUCAAAGUGA